AUGAGUUGUGGAAAAGCUAUUGGAAUCACUAUCAUUAGUUGUUUAUUAUCAAUUCUCAUAGCACUUGUUGUUGCAGGACUUGUAUUAGCAUUUGCUAUUCCAUCAUAUGUGUAUAGUAAAGAUCUUGAAACAUUAACAACAUGUGAUACAAAAGGUGUGCUUGAAGGAUGGAAAUUUUCAUAUGAAUCAGGUUAUUAUUUUGGACUACUAAAUAUAAUUUUUGUUAGUGUGUCUUUUGGGAUUGCAGUCUUUUCUUUCAUUCCAGUUGUUGGGUUAUUAGACUUUAUUCUUGGGAUAUUUACAAGUUGUGGUUCAUUGGCGUUCUUUGUCAUUGGUAUCAUUGUACUUGCCAAAGGAUUAUCAGUAAAUAUUAAUGAAUUAGACAGAGAAAAAAAAUUAUGUUUUGAAAAACAGAAUAGAUGUUGUUUGGAUGUAUUUAAUUGUUCAGAAUGUACAUACACAGAUGAAAUGGGUCAACUACAACAAUGUUCAGAUGAUUGUAAUGAAGUUGCUGUCACUCCAGCAAAACACUCUGUAAAAGUUAUUGGGUCUAUGUUAAUUGUAGGUUCAGGAAUGAUGGGGUGGUAUAUUGUAACAGGUAUUUUCACGUUAGUAGCUGCAUUUGGAUUUUGUGCUUUUUGUUGCGAUGAAUUUUAA